UAGAACCAGAACAAGAACCAGAACAAGAACCAGAACCAGAACAAAAACCAGAACAAGAACCAGAACCAGAACAAAAAUCAGAACAAAAAACAGAACCAGAACAAAAACCAGAACAAGAACCAGAACAGGAACAAGAACCAGAACAAAAACCAGAACAAGAACCAGAACCAGAACAAAAACCAGAACCAGAACAAAAACCACAACAAGAACCAGAACAUAAACCAGAACCAGAACAAAAACCAGAACAAGAACCAGAACUAGAACCAGAACCAGAACCAGAACAAAAACCAGAACCAGAACAAAAACCACAACAAGAACCAGAACAUAAACCAGAACCAGAACAAAAACCAGAACAAGAACCAGAACUAGAACCAGAACAAGAACCAGAACCAGGACCAGAACCAGAACCACAGCCAGGUUGUUCUAAGGACUCUGACACCAUUGACGAAAUCAUGACUCAAGAAGAAAGUGAUCUUCAGAAUUUAGACGUUUCUCAACAAGGUCCAUCACAGCGCAAAUUGUACAGUAGUCUGAUGACCGGGUACAACCCGCUGGAGAGACCGGUUUUCAACGACUCUCAGAGCCUCACGGUUUACUUUGGCCUCAGCCUCAUGCAGAUCAUGGAUGUGGAUGAGAAGAACCAGGUUCUAACAACCAACAUUUGGCUUCAGCUGUACUGGAAUGACUAUUACCUCCAGUGGAACCCAUUGGACUACCCAGGCGUGACCAACGUGAGAUUUCCCGACCAUCUCAUUUGGAAACCAGACAUUCUGCUUUACAACAGUGCAGAUGAAAGGUUUGACGCAACAUUUCAUACCAACAUUUUGGUCAACUCCUCAGGCGCUUGUUCGUAUCUUCCUCCAGGAAUCUUCAAGAGCACCUGCUACAUCGAUGUCCGCUGGUUCCCCUUUGACGUGCAGAGGUGCGAUCUGAAGUUUGGUUCCUGGACGUAUGGAGGUUGGUCCCUGGAUCUGAAGAUGGUGGAGGCAGACAUCACUGGCUACAUCGCCAACGGAGAGUGGGAUCUUGUUGAGGUGCCAGGUCGUAGGAAUGAGCGUUUUUACGAAUGCUGCGAUGAGCCCUACCCUGACAUCACCUUCACGGUGGUGAUGAGAAGACGGACGCUCUACUACGGCCUCAACCUGCUCAUCCCGUGCGUCCUGAUCUCCACCCUCGCCCUGCUCGUCUUCCUCCUGCCGGCCGACUCUGGGGAAAAGAUCUCACUGGGCAUUACAGUUCUGCUCUCCCUGACGGUCUUUAUGCUGCUAGUUGCAGAGAUUAUGCCUGCCACGUCAGACUCCGUGCCUUUAAUAGCUGAAUACUUUGCAACAACCAUGGUCAUCGUUGGUCUGUCUGUAAUUGCAACUGUUUUGGUCCUGCAAUAUCAUCACCAUGAUCCUGAUGGAGGAAAGAUGCCUAAAUGGACCCGUGUGAUCCUGUUGAACUGGUGCGCCUGGUUCCUGCGCAUGAAGCGCCCCGGCGAAGACAGAGUGCGCUCAGCCUGCCAUAACAAGACCCGACGGAGCAGCCUGACCAGCAUGGACCUCAACGCCAGCAGCUCCGUCUCCCAGUCCACCAACGGCCACAUGCUAUACGUCGGCGUCCGGGGCCUGGAGAGCAUCCACUGCUCCACGGCCGCCACCUCUCCCGACUCCGGGGUCCUCUGUGGGCGGCUGAUCGGACGAGCCGGCGAGGACGAGCUGCUCCUACCAUCGAGUCAGAGCCCCAACAUGGGAUACAUGGAGCUGGAGCUGGCCAAGAUCCUGGACGAGGUGCGGUACAUCGCCAAAAGGUUUCGCGACCAAGACGAGGACGAGACCGUGUGCAACGAGUGGAAGUUUGCCGCGUCUGUCAUCGACAGGCUUUGCCUCAUGGCUUUCUCUCUCUUCACCAUCCUCUGCACCAUUGGGAUCCUCAUGUCGGCACCCAAUUUUGUAGAAGCCAUUUCCAAAGACUUUUUUACAUGAGGAGAUUGAAGUUCAAUUUUAAGGUAAAAAAAAAACUUAAAAAAUUAUGAAUAAAAAUCUGGUACGCUCCUAAUGAAAUGAGAUAUAAAUUCACAAGGCAGCAAUUUGGAUACAACAAUUUCUUCUGUUUAAAUAAGUCCAUCAUGAUAAAAUGUUCACGGUUUCACAAAAUUAAGUCGAAUUAAAAAGCAGUCUGAGGGUGAAAAUAAGGAAACAAAUCCAUCGCGUUAUAAUGUGACACCAACCCACACUUUUAAAAAAAUAAAUGCUUUUUCUUUGUACUGUCUGACUAUUAAUCCAAUUGCUCUCGUCAGUGUAGUUUGUGGAUAAUGUAAUUUUGGUUGGCUUUGUGACUUUUUCAUUGUAAUGUACAGUUUUGCUCAAAUAUAGUCCAACAUUGCAGACCAGAAAUAUUGAUAUCUUCAGGGCAUUUUACCAGAAGGUGUAGAAGAGUAAUAGAAAACCUGCAGCUCUCGUCACCUGCAAGCUGUUGAUUAUCUGUAAGCUGUCAGUGAUUGGAUGAGGAGGUGGGGGGUGGAGGGUGCAGUGACGCCAUUCGGGUUUGAAUCGUUUGGAUUACUACAUACAUUAUAUUAUGUAAAAGCCCUUCACUGUCACCCAAAAACACUUAAGUGUAAGGUCCAUGGGGACAUUGGUGUCCUUGUCACAGUGAAGUGGUCAGCAUCUUCAGCCCAGGAUUUCCCCCAAGGUUUGUCAGAGCUUCUCACAAGCAGCUAGGCGUCUCAUUGGUGUUUUCUGACUAUCACAGCUGUCAUAGUUAACUGUAGACCUUAUUUAGCCAACAUGAAGAGGAGCAUUUUGCUGAAUCAUAGCGACCUUGUCUGCUCUGCUCCGUUGGCACAAUAGUUUUCCGUUCCCUUCAGUCUUUUAAUUUUAUUGUUUUCAGUGCUUCAUUGUGUUAUAUCCCCUCUCCAAUCAACUUCUCGAAAGAUUAAUGGACUAAAACCACCAUGAACGACUUUUGGUGACUUCAUCCUUAGUUAGCCAGAAAUGCACAUUGACUGACUUAAUGAAAAAUGCCGGCAACCUUUUUUUAGAACCGAUAAAGCCAAUAUAGUUCCAUCUGAGUCUGGAAAGCUUGUCAGAUCAAUUGUGAGAAAUUGUGGGAUGGGUAUCAAGCUACGGGGAUGUUUCUCACUGUGGUGUCUUGCCUAUUUAUCACACUUCACAGCAUAUUAUGGAUCAGCCUGAAUGCAUAAAUGUGCCAGAAGAGGCUUUGUUGUCUUCUGCCAAAGAGGAAGUGACCUUGAGAUUGGUGUUUCAACAACAUAGUGACCCUAAACACACCAGUGAAACCAGUCGCUUCAUGGUCCCAAACCAUCAACAUAAUGUUAUGUAACAACCAACUCAAUGCCACCAUGUCAGGUGACAUCAUACAUGCUGUUUCAGUGGUAAAACUACGAUAUGUAAGAUUGUGGAAUAGAGUCUAUCAUCCCAGGUUGAAAUAGCUGCUCACUGGUUCCAGACGUUGGUUCUUCAUUAAAAACUGAUGUGAUGCAGUUUUCAAAACCAGCAGACAUCCAGCUCAAUAUUAGCUCAUUAAUUCACAGGAAAGCUUAAUUUUCAACCAUUUUCAGUACAUUACAUUAUGAAAAUGAGCAAUACUCCAGUUAUUAAAUAGCAAUGCAGGCUCUGCUAUUUUGUUGAACGUUAUAAUGUUCCUUACUUUUACUUUCUAUGGACUGAGAAUAAAUUUAAUGCUUUUCUUAAUAAGUUGAUUUAAAAUCAGAAUGUUAACAGUGUUUGCAAUUCUUUUGUGUGUGUGAAAAUAAUAGCUAUUAUAAGAAUGGUGAAAUUUACUCACUUUUAAAUCACACAAAAGUGAGUACAUUUUUAACACAACUGUACAUUGGAUACAUGAUACCUAAAAAAGCUACAGUGUCUUGCAUCAUGUAAAUAUUCAAAACUGAAGAAAAAAAUUGCAAUGUUGUUUGCCUUUCUAUAUACUAUAUAAGCUCCUUGCUAUAGUCUAUUUUUAAUUGUUGGUUCACCAGAAUUUUAUUCUAGGACUUUGUUGACGACAGUACGAUGGACGUUGUUCUUAUCAUUACAUUUCAGUGUUUGCUCUUGUUCACUGAACAAUUUAAUAAUAAAUGUGAUUUUUUUUCUCUUGAAA